UUGUUCAAAAGAUGAGAGGAGAGGUCGCGGGAAUGGGGAUAGUUCUCGACAGCUCUGGCAGAAAGCUGUCAGUGCGAAGCAGUGCAUACAACAUGACAUAGAAUAAGAAUACCCGAGAAUAUAAGGAACCCGGAUCCGAAUCUCGAACCUGAUGGCUCUUCCAUGCACGGAACUAUCUCAUUUCUCCAGAGAGCGACCGCUCAUCACCUCUCAGCCAAGCCAACCACAUCACACUAUUGUACCCAUUGCCGAUCAAAGCAAGAAGAGGCACUCAUACAUCGCGAGGAAGCUGAGCUCGAUCAAUCAAUGGAGUACGCAUCAUCCACCACGAGCGCGACGGGCUCCAUGUUCCUGCCUUUCCUGGUAAUGUUCGCGGCCAUCUACCUCCUCGGCUACUUGGUCGUGUUCCGCCGCUGGAGCCGGCAGCACCGCCCGGACGCGUCCAGCUGCUUCACCUCGCUCUUCCACGGCACGCCGGCGUUGCUGCUUGCCCUGCGCGCCGUGCUGUCCAACCCGGCCGCCGCCGGCGACCUCGCGCUCGCGGCGCCCAACACGCACGCCGACGACCUCGCCCUCGACUUCAGCACAGCCUACUUCGCCGUCGACCUCCUCCACUACCUCGUCUUCCUGCCCCACGAGGCCCUCUUCGUCGCGCACCACCUCGCCACGCUCUACGUCCUCGCCACCUGCCGCGCCGCCGUCCGACGCGGCGCCUACGCUCUGCUCGCCCUGGAGGUGCUCGCCGAGGCCACCAGCCUCGUGCAGAAUCUGUGGACGCUGGCCGACAUGCGCCGCGCCGGCUCGCCCACGGCCGCCAGGGCGCACGCGGCGCUGUCGCUCCCGUUCUACGUGGCGUACACGGCCAUGAGGGCGGUACUCGGGCCGGUGUGGUUCGUGAGGAUGGUGAGAUUCUACGUCACCGGGGCUGGCGAAGGUGCCGUGCCGGCGUGGGCUUGGGUGUCGUGGACGGUGGUGAUCGGUUCCGGGAUAGUGCUGAGCGUGCUGUGGGUGGGCAACCUGUGGUUCGCCUACUUCAAGGACAGGAAGGAGAGCUCUCGCAACAAGGAACAAUGAUCAAUUCUUGAUCUCACAUUGAUUUCGAGUUCAUUCAUUCACCGUGCAAGUGCAGCACACACUUCUUCAUUUACUGUCCUUUUGGAUCUUGAAUUUACUGAGCCUGCACGUCUUACUUUUCAAAAAAAAAAUCAAGAACUUUAGGUAUAAGGUAGAACCUAUUUAGAUGAUUGACCAUAUAGAUUUAGCAAAUUGGUAAUGGAAGAAUAAGUUUUGAUAGUCU